AUGGCGUCCCAACACAUUCGGGUAGCCACGCCCUCCAGAGACGCCAUCCUCGAAUCCCUCGUCGAAAAUGUCCGCGCCUUCAAUGCGCGUCUACCGCCAGGACGCGACAAGAUCGUCUUUGGCGCGGAGCAGCCCGCCGAGUUUGAGACCGUCAACGGCCACUUUUCAGCCCAAAUGCACGCUUUCUUCAACGCACUGCACGACCUCGAGGACAUGGCAGACAAACCGUCCUCGGACGACCUAGACCUCUGCCGCCCAGACGAAUGCCUUCGGCCCGUCAUAUGCGUUUCUAACCAGUCCGAACCCUAUCUAGACUGCUUGCACCGCACCUUCUACACUCGCUGUCUUACCGUCCAGAACCCGGACAGCCUGCCCUGCCUCAAACGCGUCACUCACACUCAACUGCGCAUCCUCCCCGACCGGGAUCCUACCUUUCACCUAAUCAACAUACGGCCUGUCUCCUUACGUAUACCUCUCGACCUCGCUACCUACCUCCCUCAACUCCGCGAGCUGGCCUGCCCCUGGCUAUAG